GGCGGGCCCCAGACCCUGACACGCUGAUGGAGACUGCAUUCGUGACCGCCCUCGAUUCUGCCGGACAACCUCACGGACGACAGGACGACGGCCUACCACACAAGACAAAACAGCCGCAGAACAAUCUUAUCCUGCAUCUUCGGAAUGCUUUCGACAGCAUAAACACCACGGACACCGCGUCCAGAUCGCUCCGACGCCGCUGCUUUUGCAUCCGCAGCCCUCCAACUCCCCUUCCAACACAACGGCACCGCAGAAGGGGACCAACCGUUGCAGCUGCCACCAAACGCCGAGCGUUAGACAGAGACACACAUAACUGGCGCGGACCAUUCUGGCUCGAAUCGGCUGCCCUAGCCGAGCCCGUUCUUCGAGGUAGCUAGCUACUGGGAAGCGCCUGGAGAGGUGCGGCAAACCUUGCGCUGGUCGGCUUGGUGUCUUGCUGCCCCCUCCCCCCUCAGCAUGUCUUCACGCAACCGCAACGCGCGCGGGCCGAACCGCAACAGCGGCAGCACGCAAGGGGAGGAAGCACACUUGUGGAGCCAGGUCAAAGACGACAUGCGGGCCAUGAUCGAAGGCAUCAACGGCAGCAACGACUCGAUCCGCGCCAUCGUGGCGCAGGACAGCUACACGGCCAAGAACAGGGACACCGUCGACCUCGCCGCCGAGGAGCAGAAGCUGGACAACCUGCUGCGCGCCGGCGUCAAGGGCGCAGACCAAUGCAAACAGCAGAUCGACGCGCUAAUCGAGCACGUCACCGUGCUGCGGGCGCUGGUGAAAGCGCGGGAGGACGCGGAGGCACAAGCGGCCGGCGCCGCGGGUCUCUCGGCGCGCGAGCGGCCGAGCGGACUGCUCUCGGCAUCGUCGAGGUCGGCGUCGGCGCGGGCGGCGAGUGCGCGCGACAAGGAGCGCGAGAGGGACAGGGAACGAGACCGCGAUCGCGAUCCCGGGUCCGUGUACGAGUUCGACGGCUCCGGCGACUCCCCCGUGCCCUCGCCGGUGGGGAGGAAACUCGGCGGCAGCACGGGGGCCGGCAGCGACCGCUCAGCAAACCGGGACAGCGUCCCGCCACGAGGCGGAGACCGAGACACCCCGGGGAAGGCGGACAGCGUGCCGCCCGAGUCCGGCGGCUCCGCCUCGGCCACGGCAGCCCAGCGCGCCAAGGUCUCCUUCUUCAAGGGCCAGGACGUCGUGUUCAAGCCGAAGCCGACGACUACGACGGAGAGCACGGAAUGGAUGCUUGGCCAGGUGCAGCAGGUCCUGGGCGAAGGCAAGUCGCGGCGGUAUAAGGUGCAGGACGCCGACCCGGACUUGCCGCCGGGCGAGCGGAUCGAGUACCGGACGAGCGCCAGCAGCAUGAUCCCCAUUCCCGCGCCGGGGGUGGAACUGCCCGAGCUCGAACGCGGCAAGACCGUGCUCGCGCUCUACCCGGAUAGCACCACGUUCUACAAGGCCGAGGUGAUGGGGACCGAUGCGGCCACGGGCAAGGUCAGCCUGCGGUUCGAGGGCGAGGAGAACAACGUCACGUUGCAGCUCGUGGACCGGCGCUUUGUCGUCGAGUACAGGAACUGACAUAACUACCGGCCGUCCCACGAGACGGCCUGGAGCCUGCGGUGCGGACGUGCCAUCUUACUAUCUGUUUGUUCCCCGGGUGUGGGGGAUCUGGGGUCAGAGGUCGAUGGAUACUCAACCCAGCGUCCGAAGUUUACACAACCUUAACACACACAGUAUGGUUAAAUUAGCGGGUUGAAUCUCCACCGCUGGGUGGUUCCGCGACGGGGACGUGCACUGGC